AUGCCGGAGUUGUCUUCGAAGGGUGCUGCUAUCUCCAAGAAAGGGUUUAAAAAAGCUGUUACUAAAACUCAGAAAAAAGAAGGGAAAAAGCGCAGGAGAUGCAGAAAAGAGAGCUAUUCAAUAUAUAUCUAUAAAGUCUUAAAACAAGUUCACCCGGAUACUGGCAUCUCAUCAAAAGCUAUGAGCAUCAUGAAUUCUUUUGUCACUGACAUCUUUGAGCGUAUUGCCUGUGAGGCAUCGCGCCUGGCACAUUACAACAAACGUUCAACCAUUACAUCUAGGGAGAUCCAGACAGCUGUGCGCCUGCUGCUGCCGGGGGAAUUGGCUAAACAUGCCGUCUCUGAAGGCACCAAGGCUGUUACCAAGUACACCAGCUCCAAAUAA